AAUCUUGGACAUGGACGAAAGAAUAUUUCCAGAGCUGUGGCACUCGGAUUGUUUUUUUAGAAAACAUUUUAAUAAUUUGUUGAAAUCAUUGUAUUUUUACAUUUUUUGUCUAUAUUUAUAUUAUUUAUUUGUUUAUCAUUUUAUUGGAGCUGAAUUUCAUUAUUUGCAUUAUGCUUUAACAUUUACAUAUUGAUUUUUUUUUAUUAUAUCCGUAUUGUUUAUCAUUUGAAAAAAACAUUUGAUAUUGAUGAAUUUAUUUCUUUUUUAUGUAUGUGUAUUGCACACGCCAGCCGUUGAACCGUAAUUUAUACGGAGUAUUUCCCACCCCUCUUUAAAAGAUACAGCCUCGUAUAAAGAAACCCACUCUUGAUAAUACGUGAUGUUUAUGCGCACGUGUAGAACGUGAGUUCAUGAAGUCAGGUUCCGUUUUAGAGAUGCACUUCACAGCAACAGACAGUAGAUGUCACUAUUUACCUAAAUCGCAUUUCGGCGCUAAAAUAAAAGCUUCUUACAAUAAGUAUUUUUACCAAAGAAAUUAAUAUGUUCACUGCAUUAUAUUGUAAAAUAUUAGUCCAUUGGGGAAUAUUAUGAUUCGGUGUUUUAUGCGGUAUUAUUUUAACGUUAGGAAUUAGGAACUGUUCCGCUGUGUAACCCGAGCCCAAAACAUCAGCGGACACGUUCAUGGACGCAGUCGAGUGAUUGUUUACUUUAAAUAUGUAACGUAGUCUUUUGCUAUACUCUAUAGCGUUUUAUUUUUUUUUUUUACCACUAAGCAUAGAGAAAGGAAUCUGCGUAUACAAUGGAGGUCCAUGGUAGCUGUUCAAGUGUGAGCCACACACCACUUCCUCUCUCGUCCAUUCGCCUCAUGGUUCCACCACUACAGCUGGUGUCAGCAGCAGUCUGGCAGACAGUCCAGAAAAGGAUGCUGGCUGAUUAUGGGAUGCUUGAAGGUUUUGUAGAUGUGGUGACCAGCGUUCUUCCAGAGCUUCUCACCAGCUCUGAGCGGGCACAGCUCACUCUAGGCCUCAGAGCACGUCUGAUUCUGGAGCUGUGUAAGCACAAAGGAAUCGUUGAUCACAGCCUUCUUCAGCCACAUCUGGGCAGGAUUCACUCACUCGCUGAGGCCUUUCAAGCAGAUAGUUGUCAUGGUGCCAUGCCAGGAUCCACCUUUUCUGAGUUCAUUCAGCAGCUGCUGAACAAUCCAUCGGAAGGGAAAAAUCUUUUUCAGAAAGUUUACCCUGGGGAGUUCUUCAGUCAGUGUGACGAUGCUCUGGACAAACUCAUGGUUAUAUUUCUGACCAGACUGGAGAAGUUUCUUCCCAGCUUCACGUUUCAGCAGGUUGCUGCCAUGUGCUCUGAUGUGUCCUCUGUCCUUGAAGACUCGAUAGUGUCAGUGUCUCGGCGUGAAGACCUCAGAACUUUGCUGCUGCAUCAAAGGGACAUGUGGCAAAUAACAGUCACAGCAUUACCGACCAAACUUCCGAAUGAUGCUAAUGGUGAUGUGCCGUUGAAGAGAGAUGAUUCUACGAUAGCAACCAAGAUAACAGAAAGUCAUCCUGAGAGUCUCGAGACUUGUCCGUCUCUUCCACAGCCGGAUCGUGAAAAGAACGGAACAGAUCAAGUCAAGGCGGCUGCUUCUGUUUUGAAAGUCAAUAGUCAGAAGAGGAAAAAAACUCAGGUCUUGGAGUCAUCUCGCCCUGUGAGGUCGAACAGAGGCUUGAGGAUGGGUCAGUAUCUGAUGGAAGAAAAACGAGAAAUUGAUGACGACGAUGGCGACAUCAAUCCAUCCACGAAGAGUCACUCCAAUGGUUCUGUGAGUUCAGGUUUUAAAAAGGCAGACCAAGGUGUGCAAAAGACAACGGCCACUCACAUGUCCAGCGACAUAAACACAUCCACUGCGAGCUGCCCUGAUGACUUGGUGGGUAGAGACUUGAAUGGAGCCAGGCAAAGUUCACGAAAGGCUUUGGUCACGCUCAACAGUGAGUGUGAUUCAUGGUCUUACUAUUCGGAUCAGGAUUCCUGUGGGCGCAGUUCUGGUUCCUGGUCGUAUUAUUCAGGUGACAAGGUCACCCAGAAAGAUCCUGAGACAGACACUCCUCAAUCUAAUAAAGAUAAGAAACCAUCCGCAGCUAAAGCCAAACCAAGUCCAAAAGUAACCCGUCAGACCAGAUGUUUUAUCUGCAAAGUGCAGGUACAGACGAGCCUCAAGACUCACAUGAAAACCCACUUCCCCACCGGUGAGUACACGUGUCCCUUCUGUGAUACCAAGUUUAAACUCCUGCGCUCUCUGGAGCUGCAUUUAAGGAGGACCUGCAAUGAACACACUCAACAGCAAGCGGAGUCCGUUCCGGGCGAGAGCCUAUUCCAAUGUGACCUUUGCCAGCGGGGCUUCAAGGACAAACACGCGUUGACAAAGCACGAGCGAACGCACCACAAGCUUUACUGCAGUGUGUGCCGGAGGGUUUUGAAGAACACCGCUCAGCUGGAGAGGCACAAGUCCUCACACUUGCCCUUUCACUGCACCCGCUGCGAGAAGACGUUCACCGUCUUCAAGCACCUGAUCAGUCACUGCCGCUUCCUUCACAAACUGUGUGCACCAUUUCAGUGCCUGCGAUGCCCCAAGUCUUUCUCCAAACUGCAGAUCUUGAUAAAGCACGAGUGGAAACACACAGGUCAUCUGCCAUUCCAGUGUGCUCAGUGUGGUUCCAAAUUCGCAUGCGACAAUGAGCUCGAGUGCCAUCAGAGAGUCCACACCAAAGAGAAACCACACCUGUGUGCGGUUUGUGGAAAGGCCUUCUCCAUGAGGUCCAACCUGUUGAGGCACCUCCACUUCAUCCACAGCGAGUCCCGGAACGAGAGGAAGCACAGCUGCUCGCUGUGCGACAAGUCCUUCAAAGAGAAGGGAGCUCUGGUCAUGCACCAGAGACAAAAACACUACAAGGAGUUAUUCCGUUUUCCCUGUCCCGUCUGUGGCAAAAUGUUCUCCUCAUCGUCCAUCAGCAGACACAAGCUCAUCCACACGGGAGAAAAGCCCUUCAAAUGCCCCGUUCCUGAAUGUGAAAAGCUUUAUCGCUCCAAUCCUGAGGUCAAGAGGCACAUGCUCAUGAGUCAUUCUACUGAUCGGCCCUAUAAAUGUGAAGUUUGCGGCAAAGGCUUUAUACUGUUGUGUCACCUCAACAGUCAUUCCAAAAUACACUCCGGGGUAAAGCCCUUCGUCUGCCACAUCUGUGGGAAAGCUUUUCUAAAGCUCUACAGCGUUGAGAGACACAAGAGGCUUGUCCAUCCAUCUGGAGGAUGUUAAACCAACUUCACCUUGCUUUUAGUUCUGAGACUUAUACAACUUGCUGUGAAUGUGA